CGGGGAGCUCCCCGCGGGGAGCCACGGCGAGGCGGCACCGCGCACCGCGGGCGGGGCGGCAGCGGCGGCGAUGCGGGCCGCCUGGGUGCUGCUGACGGCGCUGGCCGCCCUGGGCGCCUACUACGUGUACCUGCCGCUGCCCGGCACCGUGUCGGACCCCUGGAAGCUGAUGCUGCUGGACGCUACCUUCCGGGCGGUGCAGCAGACGUGUCACCUGAUUCACUAUCUGAGGCUCAGCCACCACUUGAUUGUUCUGAAUUAUUUGAUUUGUACCUUUGACAAGCUGAAGUCUGUCUCCUCCGAAGACAUUAACAUCACAGAUGCUGUUUUUGACGGUGUGGAAGUCAGAGUGUUUGAACCUCCUGCAAGGGGAGAUGAAAGGCUCAAGCGCAGCGUUGUUUACAUCCACGGAGGGGGCUGGGCCUUGGCAAGUGCAAGAACAAGCCUUUAUAACAACCUCUGCAGAAUCAUGGCUGAGUCUCUCAAUGCUGUAGUUGUCUCAGUUGAGUACCGGCUGGUACCAGAGGUGUGCUUCCCUGAGCAGUUCCACGAUGCUCUUCGUGCCACUAAGCACUUUUUGCAGCCUGAUGUCUUAGCUGAGUAUUCAGUUGACCCCAGUCGAAUUGCAAUUUCUGGUGACAGUGCAGGAGGAAAUUUGGCAGCUGCUGUGUGUCAGCAGCUUAGCAAAGACGAGCAUUUGACUGUCAGACCGAAACUGCAGGCUUUAAUUUAUCCAGUCCUUCAGGCAUUUGACUUCAAUACACCUUCAUAUCAGCAGAACAUGAAUAUGCCCGUUCUUCCUCGUUACGUCAUGAUCAACUAUUGGAUAGAUUAUUUCAAUGGCAAUUACGACUUGGCUCACUCACUACUGAUUAACAACCACACUGCUCUCGACGUUGGCCAAGCUCUGUCUUUCAGAGGACGUCUGAACUGGACAUCUCUCCUGCCUUCAUCGUUCAAAAAGAACUACAAGCCUGUAAUACAAACCACAGGCAAAGCUGAAAUCAUCGAGGAGAUACCAGCGCUGCUGGAUGUACGAGCAGUCCCACUCCUUGCAGAAAAUGAAACUCUGCAGCUGCAGCCCAAGACUUACAUCCUGACGUGCGAGAACGACGUCCUGCGAGAUGACGGGGUGAUGUACGCCAAGCGCCUGGAGAAUGCUGGCGUGGAAGUCACCCUCGACCACUUCCACGACUGCUUCCAUGGCUGCAUGAUAUUCACCAUUUGGCCUACGGAUUUCUCUGCUGGCAUUCAGACCAGGAACAGCUAUAUUAGAUGGCUGGAUGAAAACCUCUGAUGAGGCAGUCUCUCCAGCGGACACAGAGUGUACAACUCUGGUGUCUUGUUCUUACAAAAGAGCAAACAACGAAAAAGUGCACUUUCCCAACUUGUGACUUCAGCUGUUCAGCUGCAGCUGCUGGGGGUUACAGACCACUAACCAUGGCAUUUACUAGCUCCACUGGCCUUGACCAGAAAAGUAUUUUGAGAAAUAGCUUUGAUUUAUUUUUUUCCCCUUCUUUCAGAUGACAAUUUCCAACCACAAACAAAAGUGGAGCAGGGAGAUCAGCAUUCCUGUAGCACUCUUAACUGGCUGCAACAUAGGAGCUUUGUCUCUUAAUUAGGUACAAAGGCCACAAUUUUCAGGUGCUGGGAAGUGAAGCCAAACACCUACAUCUGCAUAUGUAAAAAUGGGAGCUAGUUUUCAAUAGCUGUGAGCAUUUGAUGUCAAAGUAGGUGGAGCACUCUCAUCUUUGACAGCAGAGCCAUGCAUUUGAAUGUCCAGCAUGGAUUUAGGUGUUGGCUUUUAGGCAAAUGGUUCCUUUCAUUAUUCUUUUGACAAAAAGCUCUUCUAGGUAGUUAAGAUGAUGCUUGACAAGUGUUUUAGCUAAACAUCCAAUUCAGCUUUGGAAUUUGAUCUUUAUUGCCUUUUAAUUAUUUAUAAAAGCACAGGACUGAAGAUACUUUCAAUAAAAGGUAUUAACGCAUACUUACAAGUACAUAAAAUUAAAUGUAUGUGUAACAGCAGAAUCCAGGUUGCUUAUGUGAGAGGACUUCAAAGCUGACUACUUGUUUGGCUAAAGAAUGUGACUCCCAUCUGUAUUCAAAGCCUCAGUUGUGUGACCUCCUGACAGAAAAUACUGAGCUGACUAAAAAUAAUCUGCUGUGUGGUUUGCACUAAUGUUUGUAAUUAAUAGCAGACAUUUUUAUUCAUUGACUUUUCUUUUGUGCUUGUAGUGUUUACUGUAUUUCAUGCUUCCUGGAAGGAGGGAAGCAGGCAAACAGAAGUGGGCUCUCAUCUAUUAUGGAAGAUUUUAACCUGACCUUUGCAGGUAAACCGUCUUGUAGGCUGACCCAAAAGUCUGAGUAAGAUGAUCUCACUAUUGUGCAACAACUCUCUACAGUUUCGGCCAGGCAGGACAGGGAAGUGAAACCACUUGUGACAGUGUAUAUGUAUUGCCCAGAUCCACACAGCUUGCAGAAUUUCAGGCUGUGUCAAAAUCCCUCUGUUUGUAGGCAAAAAGGAGAGAAUGGCUGACCCAUAACUAAAAGAAUGGAUUAAAUUCAUCCUCAGCUUUACCACAGUCUUCCUGUGGCAUCCUGGGAGAACAACUUCAUCUCCUGCUGCCUCAGUUUCCCUUUCUGCAAGAGGGAGUAGUAAUUUCCUACCUCACAAAGGAGCUGUGAAGCUGAAUUCACAGGUGUUGGUGAAGCACACAGAUGUGGUGAUCCUGUAGCUUUUGGGUUUCCAUCCUUCUCUAACAGCCUGGCUUGUAACAGAUGGUGCUGCUAAGCUGUGGGUCCUUCUGGGCAAUAAGCUCAGCUCUGUCCUGGCUUCUGUCAGGGUACCAUAAGGUCUGGCUUCUUGGCUGUUGGGAGAGCGUGACAAAGGCAAUUUCAUUAGAGCAGUUCUUACGACAGGAUUCUGAAAAGUUCUUUUUAUUAAAACCCCACAAGACACUGUUAGAUCCACCUGUCUUCUGUCAUUAAAAUAUACACAGAUCAGUCGGCUUUCACUGGCUUUGCUGAAUCAUUGCUUCAUAGAAACAUCAGCUUGGUAAUGGGGUUGUAUGUAUCAAGAAAAGCAGCUAAUGAGACAAGGCCUCGAGGUAAACUCAGCCUUGGGGGCUUGGAACUCAUUCCUGGGCAUAGGUUCACACAGAGGCCACAAGGCAAAGCUUUUUCAACAGUGGCCCAAAUGCUUCUUCCAAUUAGUUCACUACAAAGACUCAGUGGAAUUAGAGCAGCCGAGUGACAAUCUGAGUCAGAUCAAUUUUAGUCAAGAUAUCUAAUUAACACUGUAGAAUAAUUCUAGCUUUUUUUUCCUGGAUUGAAAGCCUCCUUCCCCCAUCACACAACUUUAGCAGAUACCAUUUACACUUAAACAGCAACCAUUCACAAGAAAACUUACUGAUCUGUUCCAGAGUCCUUUUCCCCUCUAUGGAGAUAGCUCUGUUUACUUGACUUUAAACUAUGAGUUAGAGUGAAAAAUACCCCACUGUUGCAGUGAGCUGUAACAAGAAACUUCUUCCUGAAAGAGUAAACUCAUGUCAGAAAAGAUGUAAUUUAUAUCUACCCACUGUUAUUGAAAGAUGGUAACUGUAGUACUGGGAAAAAGUGGUUAAUAUUCCUAUGAAUUCCCUAAUGAUUCAGUUUGCUUGAGAGCUGUCUGCAAAGCUUUAGAUCAGUUAUUUGUUUAUAGCUAAGUUAUAAAUAUCUGCUAGGAAGCUAUAAUAUCAUUGCUGCUGGGUUGUUUUUUUAAAUGAAAUGGAGAGCUGGAAUAUAGAUAUUCACGGAGUCAGUUGUGAAUUUCUUUCAUGCACUGAAGCACAUUAAAGUCUUGGCACAAGAAAUGGUAGUAAGUAUAUAACUGGACUGAAUGUGUUUACUAAAUCAUCAUCAGCUUGACAUGAGAUCCAAGAUCUCAGCACAACUUGGAUGGGAUGUUACAGUAUUAACUGGUUCUAUCAAAAUACGUUGACUACUUUUAUCAUGCAGCUGUAUGGUUUAGGUACAUGACAGCUGCAAAAAUCUGUGAUGGAUCCUGUAAUAUCUAAAAAGAGGUCAGAGUUCCAGCUAUAAAAAGACCUUUCAGUAUCUGUCUGCACGAGACACUUGAUUAAAAUCCAGUGUAAACCUCAAAGUGAGUGUUAGUCCAAACUCAUCUUUCCUCCUCCUUGGCUUUGUUCUCCUUUGCAUAGAGUCUCUGUGCCUGAAGUUGAAAGUUUGGGGUUACUUCCAGAUGAGCUGCUGCAAGCUCUUAGAAACUGAGCAGCAGCUCAACUGAGCUCAGCCAGGGCUGGGCUACAGAAAGCUGAUGCCUGCUAGCAAGAGUUUAAGAUUAAUACAUGUUACAACACCUCAAUUUGCUCUUGUGUUUAGUCUCCUGAAGCAUUCGCUUUCCUGGUUAUUUCACAAAGCAGUUUAGGGCACUUUACACAUUGUAGGAUCAGGUCAAGUGUUUGUAGCAGUAUUUCACCUGUGCAGGUUGGUGUAGUGAAAGAAGAUACUCAGUAAGUUUGUCUGCUUGUCUUUUCAUUAAAUCAAUUAGUAUGGUUAGAUACUUUUUGUAGGUAGCUUUUUCUCCCCUCCUACAAUAAGAUUUGCAAGAAUGUCUUGUUCCUGAUGGCUGUCAAAAUGUAAACUUCAACAUAAUCCCCAAACUUCACAUAAUGGAACCUGUAGUCAGUUGUGUUCUACUUUCAUAGACCUGGGGACUGUAUUAGCAGGUCCCCGGUAUUCUGGCCAGUGUUUGCAGGAAUGAAGAGAAGUUUUGUCUCCUUAGCUUAGGACUUCUGAAAGGAUGGGUAGUCAACAUUUCUGAAAGCCCAGACCUGUUUAAAGAUACUUUGUGGUGCAUAAAAAUCCCCAAAUAAAUUGAAUUUCCUAACCUUCGUGUAAGUAAUUCCAAAACUGCAUCCCCAGCCAAAGCAGAGAGGCCAUUGUGGCUUUUAGGGCUUACAAACUACAAGAGAAGUGCUUUAGCCUUCAAACAUUAUUUUGUAGUGUGUGGGCCUCUAGAUUUUUAAAUUUUGUACCAAACUUUUUCAAAUCAAAAUAAUAGAAGUAGGUUAAUGUGUGUUUAAAUCUUUUUAAGCUGCUAUGACCCAUAACAAUGAUGUUUAAAAAAGCUCCCAAACCAGCUGGUUUAAUGUUCUCUUAUUUAUGAUGUUCAGAACCCCAAAGUACAACACACUGGAUGUGGGUGCAUUCAAUAUCUUAUGCAUGACCCUUUUUUUUUCCCCCAGUGCAGGGGAAAGAUCUUGUAAGACCUAAUGAGCAAGUGUGAUUGAUAUGUGCUAUCAAAAUGAGGAACAAAUAAAUGAAGUGAAAUGUA